AUGGCCGCUGUCGACACCCCAUAUGUCCACGAAGGUGGUAUCAAGCCAUACUUUGCCCAGCAAAUACAGGAUACUGAGAUCAAAAUCCAAACAACGACGCAGAACUUGCGAAGAUUGGAGGCCCAGCGUAACAAGUUGAACACCAAAGUGCGCCAGCUAAAGGACGAGUUAAGACUUCUCAGAGCCUGGUCUACGUUGGAGAAGUGGUCGAAGGUCAUGGGACUUAAGAAAGUGCUUGUGAAAGUCAAUCCCGAAGGAAAGUAUAUCGUGAAUGUGACCAAGGAUAUUGACAUUAAGAAGUUGACGCCAUCGUUACGAGUGUGUCUUAAAUCGGACUCCUACGAUUUGCACAAGAUCUUGCCCAACAAGGUGGACCCAUUAGUGUCUUUGAUGAUGGUUGAAAAAGUCCCAGACUCUACCUACGACAUGGUUGGAGGUUUGGACAAGCAAAUUAAAGAAAUUAAAGAAGUGAUUGAGUUGCCUGUCAAACAUCCAGAACUUUUCGAGAGUUUGGGUAUUGCCCAACCUAAAGGUGUGAUUUUGUACGGACCACCAGGUACAGGGAAAACGCUUUUGGCUCGUUCGGUUGCUCAUCAUACAGACUGUAAAUUCAUUCGAGUUUCGGGAUCAGAGUUGGUGCAAAAAUACAUUGGUGAAGGUUCUAGAAUGGUGCGUGAACUUUUCGUGAUGGCUAGGGAGCAUGCGCCAUCCAUUAUUUUCAUGGAUGAAGUGGAUUCCAUUGGUUCUUCAAGAGUGGAAGGCUCCUCGGGAGGAGAUUCUGAAGUUCAAAGAACCAUGUUGGAAUUGCUCAACCAGUUGGAUGGUUUUGAGAGCUCUAAAGAUAUCAAGAUCAUCAUGGCCACAAACAGAUUGGACAUCUUGGACCCUGCAUUGUUGAGACCUGGCAGAAUCGACAGGAAAAUCGAGUUCCCAGCACCUACUGUGGCUGCCAGAGCAGACAUUUUGAAAAUCCAUUCGAGGUCGAUGAACUUGACUAGAGGUAUAAACAUGAGAAAGAUUGCUGAGAAGAUGAAUGGGUGCUCUGGUGCUGAUGUGAAGGGUGUAUGCACGGAAGCAGGCAUGUACGCUUUGAGAGAAAGAAGAAUCCACGUGACACAAGAGGAUUUCGAGCUUGCUGUGGCCAAGGUCAUGUCUAAAAAUGAUGAAGGUGCAGUGUCCUUGGCCAAGCUUUUUAAGUAA